CAAGCCGUUUCCUCGUUCUCCUCAGUUUCUCCAGCAGGAUCAAAAUCUGCUCUGCCAGCCUCAUCCUAAUCACCAGAGUUCGCACAACAGCACACAUUCAGACAGCAGAGAUGCUCACCCUCAUUAACCGCCUGCUGGACUGGUUCCGGUCGCUCUUCUGGAAAGAGGAGAUGGAGUUGACCCUAGUAGGGCUUCAGAACUCUGGAAAAACAACUUUUGUCAACGUCAUUGCUUCUGGUCAGUUCAAUGAAGACAUGAUUCCUACAGUCGGCUUCAACAUGAGGAAAGUUACCAAAGGCAAUGUAACCAUAAAAAUUUGGGAUAUAGGUGGUCAACCACGUUUCAGGAGUAUGUGGGAAAGAUACUGCAGAGGAGUCAAUACCAUAGUGUAUAUGGUGGACGCUGCAGAUCGCGAGAAGGUCGAGGCCUCAAGAAAUGAGUUACACAACUUGCUAGACAAAUCACAGCUGCAAGGCAUUCCUAUACUUGUCCUUGGCAACAAAAGAGAUCUCCCCAGUGCUCUAGACGAGAAACAACUAAUUGAAAAGAUGAAUCUUUCGGCCAUUCAAGACAGAGAGAUUUGUUGCUACUCAAUUUCAUGCAAAGAGAAAGACAAUAUUGAUAUCACAUUGCAGUGGCUGAUUCAGCAUUCAAAAUCUCGUAGGAGUUGAGAGCAGACCCCUUUUCAUCCAUCAGUCCAGUCCUGCCCUUGUUCCAGCACCACCCAGCACAGACCAGCUUAGACCAGUGCUCUUCAGACCAGCCCUUAAUGGCUGUCUCAGUGAUGCAGUCCCUCUCAGCCACAUCUGUGUAUCCAGUUGCUUCCUGUCUCAUUAAUUCUAUCUAUUACACACGCAGACUAAAAUUAUAGCAUCAUCACUCACUGGUGGGCCUCAGACUUUUCUUACCAUGAUUUGCCACCUGUUUUGUUGGCUGGAUUUUUUUUUCUUUACUAUCAUAUUAACCUUGACCCACCUCAGAGCUAAACCUUGACCCACCAGAACAUCUCCUUUGACCUUUUGACACAAAAAUAUGUUUUUAUACACACACACACACACACACACACACACACACACAGUACUGUGCUAAAUUGUAGGGACUUGUGAAAAAUGUUGCAUAGUAUAAAAAAUAAUGACAAAAAUAGUAUUCAUUUAUCACUUAAUGUCAUACAAAGUCCAUAAACAUGAAAAAAAGCUAAAUCAAUAUUUGGUGUGACCACCUUUGCCUUUAAAAUAGCACCGAUUCUCCUAGGUAUUGGACACAGUUUUUCUUGGUUGUUGGGAGAUAGGAUGUACCAAGCUUCUUGGAGAAUUCGCCACAGUUCUUCUAUCUAUUUAGGCUGUCUCAAUUACUUCUGUCUCUUUAUGUAAUCUCAGACCGACACAAUGUUUAUUGGGGGGCUUUUUGGGGGCCAUGACAUCUGUUGCAGGGCUCCCUGUUCUUCUAUUCUAAUCUUUUCUAUUUGUAAAAGUAAUGUUUGGGAGUCUAACAUUUAUAUUUACUAUUGACACACUGAAGUUGAAGAUAUAAAUAACCAUCUUAAGACAAAUGCUUUUGUGAAUCAUCUUAUGUGCCUAAGACUUUUGCACAGUACUAUGUAUUUGUGUGUGUGUGUGUGUGUGUGUAUGUGUAUGUAUGUAUGUAUGUAUGUAUGUAUGUAUAUGUGUGUGUGUAUGUAUAUAUAUAUAUAUAUAUAUAUAUUAUGGGUUAUUUCCUGAAAGCAUAUUCAAAGGGUGUUAAAGGAAAAUUUGAAUAGUUAGUAUUUAGUAUCUAGAGCUUAUAUAAAAGUUUUAAAUGAAUGUUCAACUGAUAUUUUGGUAACACUACUAUAAGGUUCCAUUCGUUAUCUUUAGUUAAUGCAUUUGGUGGUAUGAACUAACAUUCAACUAAUGUUAACAAAUGGAACCUUAUUGUGAAGUGUUUCGGAUAUUGUCUUAAAUCUCUGCAAAAGUGUGUAAUUUCGUUUAAGCAGCCAGUUUGUGUCUGACAAAACAACAUUGGGUCAACCAAUGGCGUGAGUUUGGUUGGUACUAUCUGUCCAAACAAUGGAGAUUUGAAAACCGUAAUCAUUUUUUUCAAUUCUGUUGCCAUUGGUGGCACAGAAAGUACACAUUUCACCUUUAAGUCGUAUUACAAUAACAAAGCUAGCUUGUUAAAUUUUGUGAUCACAAUUCACUUAUCCCACCCUUGGUUUAAAAAUGUCUCCAUUUUGAAAAGUGUGUCCUCUAAUGGGAUUCUCGGCCAUCUCCUGAUGGUGGGUAAAUGUGGAGUUUGCAAAUUCUAAAAGUUAAGUGCCUUUCCAAAUACUCACUCAUGUUUCCAACACCACAAAGUUACAACAAAUGUUGCUGUUGGCCAUCAACUUUCUUUAGGUGCCAUUUAAUACUAAGUUAAGUAAAAGGAAUAUUACAGGUUCAAUACAAGUUAAGCUUAAUUGACAGCAUUUGUGGCAUAAUAUUGAUUAAAACAAAAAUAAUUUGGACUUGUCUCUCCUUUUCUUUAAAAAAAAAAAAAGCAAAAUUCUGUGUUCCAGUGAGACAAUGGAAGUGAAUGGGGCCAAUCCGUAAUACGUAAACUGUUUCAAAAGUAUACCACAAUAUAUAAACAAUGUGUUUACAUGAUUUUAGUGUGAUAACAUUGCUUUUUUCAUGAGCUAAUUGUACAACUUUGUUGCCAUGUUGAUGUAAUGUCAACAAACCCUAAAUCUACUUUAUAAAAUUAUGAUUUAAACAACUUUACAGCACAAAUUAUACAUAAGUAUUAAGGAUUGUGCUUUUAUAAUAUUGUAAAAUUGUAAGCUUCACAUUUCUGCCUCUAAACCCUCGAAAAAUUGGGCCCAUUCACUUCCUUUGCAACCUCGAUUUUGUUUUCUUUUUUAAAGAAAAGGACUAGUCAAAAUAAUUUUUUGUGGUAAUCAAUCACAAAUGCUGUCGAUUGAGCUUAACUUAUAUUGAACCCGAAAUAUUCAUUUAACACUGCUAACAUCAACGUACGUAGAAACUGACUCACAUGAAUCAAUGGCUGUUCUGCAAACUAUACAGAUAUGAAUCUGCCUUUAUUUUAUCAUGUGUAUGCUUUUUCUCACUUCUUCAUAAUGUAUCUCCACAGAACGUUAUGGCAGAAGUUUUGCCACUCUUUCGCAAAGUCCAUGGAACAAAAAUACACAAACACAUGCACUGUAAAUAUGCUUUAAAUGUUUAAAAGUAUUUGAUAAAAUGGUAAUAUAAUGAACAGAGCAUUCUAAAUGGGGGUUAAGAAACUAUGUGGACUGAACAUCUUGUUUUUCUUGGUGCACAUAGUCAUAAAAAGCUUUGAGAUGCUGGGAUCAAAAAUAGUUGUGUUGUUCUUGCAUGUUGGGCAAAGUUAAUGGUACUAAUUUGAGAGUGGAUGACAUAUGUCCUGUGUGUGUGCAAUUCUCACACAAAUCAGACAUAACAUCUUAAAUCUGUGUAUCUUCUGUGCCUGGCUGCUUCCUCAGAGUUGUUUUUAAGAUGUGAUUUAAUUCUCAAUGACUUACUAAGCAGGCCAGGUGGUACAAAGUUUUUUUCUUUAAAUAGGCCUUAUGUUAAGGGUGAAGUAAAAAUACGGUUUAGUGCUUUUACACUAAAGAUUAUUCACUCUGCUGAUCAGUUGAUUACUCAUAGUUGAUUAAAAUGUCAUGUGGCCAUGAGCUUUUGAUCAACAUAGAGACUUAAAUUUAUAUAGACGGUCAAGUUAUUGGUAUUAGGUUGCAAAAAUGAAUUUUGACUUUAGUAAUGGUAGUAUGUGUGCCAGCCUUCUUAUCCUAUCUAAAACAUUAGGAACAAGUUUCAUUCGGGAUAUCUAAUUUUUAUUUUGUCAUCUCCUGAUUUGGCCUCAAAUUCAAAGUUUUAGAAUGACAUUGCAGACUUAGGCUGCAAAAAUUCUUGGAAAAAGGCUUUUAAAACUCAACCAAAAGAUAAUAGCUUAAAGACUGAGAUGAAUAGACUUUCAGACUGUCCUCUCUAUUCUACCUCAGAAAAGUGUCCAUAUCUCUGUCAUGAGCUGAAGGGAGAGUUCAGAGAGCUGUAUGUUAAAAUUCUGAGUGUCACCUAUGAUGAGAGAUAUCAUACGUCUGAAGAUGUUUGUCGUUGUAUGAAGUAGGUCUACAGGUCAUCUCAUGUUCUGUGCUGAUGCUUAGAGAAAAUAGUAUCUUAAAUAUAUAAUCCAUUAAUGUCAGACUCAUAAACCUUAGGACUGGCCCCUGAGAACAGAGGAUGUUGUUUGGCAGCAUAUUGGUAUUGAAAAUCAUCUAAAUAAGUGAGAAUAUUAUAUUUUGUGCUGCCACAAAAGGCUUGCUUGUUGCAUUAAAUACAAAUUCACUGAAUGUAAUUGCAGUAGUAAAUAGUAUUACAGUACAUGGACAUAUUCGUUAAACAGUCAUUUAAGGAACAUUCCGGAUUCAAUACAAGUAUAGCUCAAUCAACAGUGUUUGUGGCAUAAUGUUGAUUACCAAAAAAAUACAUUUUGGCCUAUAAAAAUAAAAUAAAUAAAAUCUGGGUUACAGUGAGGCACUUACAAUGAUGAAUGGGGCCAAUUCGUAAGCAUUAAAAUACUCACUGUUUCAAUAGUAUAGUCACAAGACAUAAAUCAUAUUUGUGUUAACAUGAUUUUAGUGUUAUAAAAUUGCUAACUACUAUUUUCUGUGUAAAGUUAUAGUCAAUUGUACAACUUUGUUGCCAUAUUUCAACAAACCCUAAAAUGACUAAAACUUUAAAGCUAAAUAAAUAGAUGAGUUUUAACAGAAGAAUUAAUGUGAAGUGCUUUUAUAAAAUAAUAAACUUCCCACUUCUUCCUUUAAGCCCUCCAGAAAUGUGCCCCAUUGUAAGUGCCUCACUGUAACCUUGUUAUAAAAAUGUUAUAAAAAAUAUUUUUAUUAUAAGUAAGAAGUCAAAGAGUCAAAAUUGAAACAAUAUUAUAUAUAUUGUAUAGUGAAGAUGUGUUGGUGUAACAAUUUUUUUUAUUAUUGUUUGUUUUAGUCAGAGGAAUGGUUUUAAUAAAUGUUGUUUGACAUGUUGUGUGCUAACAUUGGCAAUCAUGUUCUCCUUAGUUAUUUCCUAAAUGUUUAAGAAGUUUGUUUGUAUUUUUUUUUUCCUCAAAUGUUUAUUAUCAAUGAAUGUUUUAAUAUGCUAUAAGGAUUGAAUGCUAUUUCAUCUAUUUACCAAGGGCUUUAAAAUAUGCUUCUUACAUUUCUUUUUUUUUUUUUUUUUUUUUUUUGGGAGCGGAUAAAUUACAUCAUAAACAAGUUCCCUAGAAAUCCAAGCUUAAUUGUUAAAUUACUUUUAUAUUCUUGAUGGCCAUAUUAUUAACUCUGAUACUCUAAAGCAAUUUGUCACUGUCUCUGCGUUGCUGAUUGUACAUACAAAUCACAUCCCAGCCACCUCUGCUGCAUGUACUGUUUAAUAAAAGAAUGGAGGUGAGCAGGUCAUCGCAAGCUUGUACAGUUGUUCACACCUCUGUAUAUGCAUUUCUUCACACAUUUAGACAGCUGAUGUGGGUUGUUGGGUAUGCUCAAAAAAAGCAGCAGAUCUAUGAGCAAAGCUUAUUCCCUCGUGUAUUAUCUCUGUGCAACCUUUAAACACUAUACACAGGUUGAACAAUCAAUGGAUCUGUUUGCUGACUUUGUAAAUAAGCAAAAAACAUUUGUGUGUUUAGCAAUAUAUUGUUUUAUUGUGAUUGCUUAAUAAAAAAUCUUUA